GGGAAAGGGCGAGAAAUGCAAUCCGCUAUUGCCACCACUAAGUGCUCCUUAAAUCCGUGGGAGACAGACAACCAAAUCCACGACAAAAAUAUAUAUUUACCUUGGACCCUUCACCACCAGCUAUCAAAUUCCCCUUCUACUGAAUCUAGAUCCCUCUUAUCUACGCUUUUUCUUUAUCCAAAUUUUCAUUUUUUGACGCUCAGAAAAAAUAAAAAAAUGGUGGAAUUGAAAGGGGGAACUAGGCCGCCAUGGGUGGGACUUGGAGCUGCAGUUUGGGUGCAAGUAGCAGCUGGAAAUGGCUACAAUUUUCCGCUGUAUUCUCAUUCAUUAAAAUCGGUUCUGGGAGUCAACCAGCAGCAACUUACUAUACUUGGAGUGGCAAAUGAUAUAGGUGAAAACAUGGGGAUCCUCCCUGGUUUGGCCUGCAACAAGUUCCCACCUUGGGUGAUUCUGUUGAUCGGUUCUUUUUGUUGUUUUUUGGGUUAUGGAGUCCUCUGGCUUACACUCAGCCGUACUGUUCUCUCCUUGCCUUAUUGGCUGUUGUGGAUUGCUUUAUGCAUUGCAACAAAUAGCACUGCUUGGUUCGGAACAGCAGUGCUCGUGACUAAUAUGAGAAACUUCCCACUUAGUCGGGGAACAGUUUCUGGCAUUAUCAAAGGAUAUGCAGGUCUUGGUGCUGCUGUUUAUACUGAAAUUUACAGCGUAAUGCUUCAUGAUUCUUCGACUAAACUAUUAUUGUUCUUGGCAAUCGGUAUUCCUGCUAUAUGCCUUUUGAUGAUGUAUUUUGUUCGGCCUUGCACUCCAGCUUCUGGGGAUGAUUCUUCGGAAAAAGGCCAUUUUCUCUUCAUCCAAGCUUCUAGUAUUGUGCUUGGCAUAUAUGUGCUUAUUACUACCAUUUUGGAUGAUGUGCUCACUUUAAGCGCUCCUGUUUCCUAUACUUUUCUCGUUGUUAUGGUUCUCCUCCUCAUGGCUCCACUUGCUAUUCCCAUAAAGAUGACUUUCUACCCUUCCAACCACAGUAAAUCUGCCAAACUCGGCCAAGAGGUCGGACCAGCAAAUUCUUCAGAUCAGGAAAAUAGCAAUAAGGAUAACACGGAACCUCUUUUGACGCCAUCUUCAUCUGCAGCUAACCUUGGAAGUUUUCACGAAAAUGACUACAUGACUGAUGUGGAGAUGCUUCUUGCUGUAGGAGAAGGUGCUAUAAGGAGGAAAAAGAGGAAACCUAGAAGAGGGGACGAUUUCAACAUCACUGAAGCUUUGGUCAAAGCUGACUUCUGGCUUCUUUUCUUGAUCUCCUUUGUUGGGAUUGGCACUGGCAUUACUGUUCUGAAUAACCUGGCACAGAUAGGAAUAGCUCAAGACAUGAAUGAUACAAAGUUCCUGUUAGCUCUCUUCAGCUUCUGUAGUUUUAUCGGCCGCCUUGGUGGAGGUGUGGCUUCUGAAUAUUUCGUCAGAUCAAAAGCAAUCCCCAGGACAGUUUGGAUUGUAGUUGCACAAGUAACAAUGGUAGUGACAUACCUUCUCUUUGCUUCAGCUCUUGAUGGUACUCUUUAUGCUGCAACGUUGUUGCUUGGAAUCUGCUAUGGCAUUCACGGUUCUGUCAUUACCCCUGCAGUCUCUGAGCUUUUUGGCCUUAAACACUUUGGUAUUAUUUCGAAUCUCAUGGGACUGGGUAAUCCAAUUGGUGCCUAUCUAUUCUCGGGUUUACUUGCUGGACAUCUAUAUGAUAAAGAGGCAGCGAACCAACAUUCUUCUACUUGCUUGGGUCCGGAUUGCUUUAGGCUCACCUUUCUGAUUUUGGCCGGUGUCUGCUGUGUUGGCUCUGCACUUAGCAUUGUUUUGACAUGGCGGAUAAAACCCGUUUAUCAAAUGCUGUAUGCUGGAGGAUCCUUCAGGUUACCUCAAAGUUCAAACCACUAAUGGACCAAAAUGAAUGGGGAUAGGGACUAUCAGCUGUGUAUUGGUGCCUGUGCAGGCCUUGAUGAUGCUACCCAUAUAUUUCGUAGCACCACCACCAGAGUUUAGUUUUCUAGCCGAGGUUCUUAUGCUUCAGGUUCAGGAUCAUAACGAGCAUUUUAAGCAUUUGAGCAUGUCUGAUAUGCACUAUUGGGAAUAUCCCACUAUAAUGAAUAAAUCCUGACCACUUUUAUCUUUAA